AGAGUAACUCCUCCUUCGUGAAUGCUUCUUACUCCUCCUUACUCCUCCUUACUCGUGAAUGCUUCAACCUAGUUUCAGUUUUCUGGCGGAAAAACUUUCAUACAAUUAGCAAGUUUGCUUGGGAAACGUGAAUAUUGGACUGAAAUCUCGUUUCCCAUUCGUUUCCUGGAUGAUUUCAGUUUCAAAUACGUCUCGAUUUUUCCGAAACGGUUUUGGCGCGUUCCGAUACGCGUUUCCCGGUUUCCCCGUUUCAAAACGUUUCGGAAACGGUUAUGGUGCUCAUAAUUCAAGGUAUGGUGAUCCCCUAAUCAGAGAGGGAACCGGUGGAAAAUCAUCUGUUAGUGGCGUUAUUGCAACAGUAUUUGGAGCAACUGGAUCGUUUGGACGUUACCUUGAACAGGAACUUGGUUCAUCUUUAGGUAAUUGGAUACCUGGAAAUGGUAGAGUAGGAAUAGGAGGUUGUGUUGGAUUAGGCAUUAGGUUGCCUUUGAGGUGCAAAUGCACGAGCAUUGCUGGUUUUUGUAGUCUGCCGGGACCUGGCACUUGCUCAUCAGAAAAUUCAAAUUUCGACAGCAAUACUUCAGAGCUUGCUGAGGAGAAUCUUGUUAAAGAAGUGAAAACCAAAAGUUUGAGCAAGAAGCCGCUGGACUUUACACAGAUUGAUAAAGAGUUGCUUCCCACUGUCAUUAUUGUGGGGCGACCAAAUGUUGGCAAAUCUGCCCUCUUUAACCGUUUGAUACGGCGAAGAGAGGCGCUUGUGUAUAAUACACCUGAUGAUCAUGUGACUCGUGAUAUAAGGGAUGGGAUUGCCAAACUGGGUGAGUUACGAUUCCAGGUACUUGAUUCAGCUGGCUUAGAAGCGGCGGCUACUUCAGGAUCCAUCCUUGGACGAACUGCAGACAUGACUGCCAAUGUGCUGUCAAGAUCCCAAUUUGCCAUCUUCUUGAUUGCCGCAAGAGAUGGCUUGCAAUCCAUGGAUUUGCAGGUUGGGAAGUGGCUGCGUAAGCAUGCACCUGGAAUCAAAAUUGUUCUAGUGAUGAAUAAAUCUGAAUCUCUUGAUGAGUCAGAUGGGUCACUGGCAGCAGUUUCUGGUGAAGCUUACAGAUUAGGUUUUGGGGAACCCAUUGCUAUAUCUGCGGAGACUGGAUUAGGCAUGGCAGAACUAUAUGCUGCUUUAAAGCCCUUGCUGGAGGAGCAUAUGCUCCAAGUCUUAAAUGAUGAAGCUACUCAAGGCAGUUGUUCUCCUGAAUCUGAAGAAUCUAAGUUACCACUACAGCUGGCAAUUGUUGGACGGCCCAAUGUUGGAAAGUCAACCUUACUGAAUACUUUAUUACAAGAAGAGCGUGUACUGGUGGGGCCAGAAUCUGGUCUGACAAGAGAUUCCAUUCGAGCUCAAUUUCAGUAUGAUGACAGAACUGUAUAUAUGGUUGACACUGCUGGCUGGUUGGAGAGGUCAAAAGAGAAAGGCCCGGCUUCAUUGAGCAUCAUGCAGACCAGGAAAAACCUUAUGAGGGCUCAUGUAAUUGCACUAGUUCUUGAUGGAGAAGAGGUUGCAAAGACUAAGAGGAGCAUGAAGCAUGCUGAAAUAGUUAUAGCUAGACAGGCAGUGGAAGAAGGACGAGGUUUGGUAGUAAUAGUAAACAAAAUGGAUCUAUUGAAAGGAAAACAGAAACCCAAUUCAUAUGAAAAUGUCAUUAAAGCUGUCCCAGAAGAGAUUCAGAAACUCAUACCACAGGUAACUGGUGUACCAGUUGUAUUUGUUUCUGCUCUGGAAGGAAAGGGUCGGAUAGCAGUCAUGCGUCAGGUUAUUGACACUUACGAGAAAUGGUGUCUACGACUGUCAACAGCCCGGCUAAAUCGUUGGUUGCGAAAGGUCAUGAGCAGGCAUUCCUGGAAAGAUCAGGCUGCACAACCGAAGAUUAAGUAUUUCACCCAGGUAAAGGCUCGGCCACCAACCUUUGUUGCCUUUGUGAAGGGGAAAACGGAGCUAUCAGAUACGGAAAUACGGUUUUUGACGAAAUCUUUGAAGGAAGACUUUGAUAUGGGUGGUAUCCCAAUUCGAAUCUUGCAACGGUCUCUAGGGAGGCACGAGGCGCCCACUAAGAGCUUCUCUGCUAAGAGUAGCCAUACAGGAAAAGUGGUUGAAAGAGUAUCUUCAGAUAAAAGGAGUGUUAAUUUAAGAUGAAGGUUGUAAUUUUUAACAUUUUUGUCUUUCCUUUGCCAAAGGGCCUUGAUUCAUGUUGCAUGAAGAGGAAGUUAUAGGUUGGUUAGUGUAUGAAUGUAUGAUGCUUGUAUAUGGCAACUAAAUAGAGGAACUAAUGGUUAUCUCGGAGGUUCAGUUAAUGAAUGGAGUUAUGGUUGCAAGGUGAUGAAGCUGACAGCCCUUCCUUUGAUUGUCAAAAGGGUUUGGCAAAUUUAGGAGCAUGCAAUUAGACUAUGCAACAUUAAUCCAGGAAAGAAAAUGAACGUCCGUCGUAUUUUUUAGGUUAUUCA